CCCCUAACUUUCUUUGUUUUUGCUCAGGUAACACCGAUGGCUAGCUUUUGGCUGUAUGUUUGUCUGUGUGUUUCCGAAUCAAAUUAUCCCCCAUGUGCAAUUACAGCCAGGGGACUCUGUGCUUGAUUUGCAUCUACGUGAUUCCAGUGAAUUUCUGACGAUGAGAGUUGUUGCCUGUGGAUCUGAGUAAGGUUUGAGGAACACAUUUUGUCUGGCUUGGAGAUAGUUUGAAAUAAUUAUGCCCAGCUGUUUUGUGGCUCCGAACUACAGUUAUGCCAGGAAGUUGAUUCUGCAGCUGUUUCUGAAUACAGACUGAAGGCCUGCGGCGUGCCAGAAAGCAUCGGCCAGGACACAAGGCAACCAGGAAAAUUACUGGCUUUUUUUGAGGAAGAAGCAAAGGGGAAACCUUUAUUUCUUGUGUAGUUGGAAAGCAGAACAAUACAGCUUUGACACCUGGUUAACUUAAAGAAGCAUUUUUCAAAAUACCUUGACUGUGAAUCUUGUAACUGGGACACAAAAGUGCCUUUGGACUUGUGCAAAUAAUUCACUGGAAUUGAAUUGCUUGGACAGAGGACUCAUUGAAAAAUCAUGGCGAAGCACUUAGAGAUCAUCAAUCUGUCAUUUUUGUUGGAACACGAAAGGGAAAUGAUAUUGGGAGUAUUGAAGAGAGAUGAAUAUCUGAAAAAAGUUGAAGAUAAAAGGAUAAGGAAAUUGAAAAAUGAACUUCUGGAAGUGAGAAGGAAAGGUGGAAAUCGACACUGUCAACAGGACAACAGCAGAGUCUGUAUUCGCUGUCAGAAAAGCCUGGGCUUAAUCUUUGACAGAGGAGACCUGUGCCAAACCUGCAAACUUAGAGUGUGCACUAAGUGUCGUGUCGUGGGAGCUGAUGGGCACUGGAAAUGCUCGGUGUGUGCUAAAAUUGCACAGCUAAGGAUUGUGACAGGGGAAUGGUUUUUUGAAGAGAGAGCCAAGCGCUUCAGACAGUCAAAUCUUGGAACUGAUGUUGUCAGACAGUCUAUCCUACGCAAAUCCCCAGAUACAGUUUCCAGUAAGGAUGAAGAAAGAACAUUCGCAGAUCAACCCCAAGAGAAUGAAGAAAAAGGGCCAGAUAUAUCAACCUCCUCCGUAACUGGGCAUAAAUCAGUCUUUGGAGGACACAGAAAGAUAGGGAAGCUAAUUAAGGCAGUUACCAAAGGAGAAAUUACAUAUACAAAAGAUGAAAGUGGAAGGAACAUAGGCUCAGAAGCUGAAAGCCAAAGUCUGUGCAGUGGCAAGUCAACACCUUGUUCUGAGAGAGGGAGCACUCUUUCGCUGAACAGCAAUGAUACAGAAGCUGCCGCAGGCCAUCUGAAAGGGGCUGUGGGCCCUUCAAACAGAAGCAGUGUUUCCGUAUCUACCCUCCCGAGGUCUCUAGUGCUGAGCACACGCAGCAUGACUGCAGAUUAUAGCAGGAACACUGGCUUAGGAAAUGGCAUGGUUAUUCCAGCAAGUGAAAGUGUACCUGAAGAUUUAGUAAAGAAGCAGCAUAGGAGGAAAGCAUCUGGAACACCUUCCAUUGCAGUUUCUAGAGUAUCUUUGUCAUCAGACCGUAGUCGAUCUGAAAUUGAUUUGAGUGAAUCUUUUUCUGAAGGAAAAGAGGAUACCCUGAGUAUAAGAAGCAAAUCUGUACCUAGUGCCUUAGAUGAGGACCUGGAUUACCUAGAUGAAACAGAAGAAGAUAUUGAUGACAUAGUGGCCUCUCGUUAUUCAAGGAAACAUGGACAUCUGACAAAUGCAUUGUCAAGAAACUUCCCAGAAGCCUCUGACAGAAAAUGGACCUACUUAAAUGUGCCUGAAACAGAUGGUGAUACUACAAGCAUAAACAGCAUGCUGAGCGUAUAUAGUGAAACUGGUGACUAUGGUAACGUGAAGGUCAGCGGUGAAAUCCUUCUCCAAAUCAACUACAGCUACAAAACAGGUGCCCUCAACAUCUUGGUGAAAAGUUGCAGAAACCUGGCUGUUGCAGAUGAGAAAAAGCAAAGGACUGAUCCAUAUGUCAAAGCAUACCUCCUGCCUGAUAAGUCCCGCCAAAGUAAACGCAAGACCAAAAUUAAAAGCAACAGCACCAAUCCAGAAUUUAAUGAAACGCUGAAGUAUGUCAUCAGUCAUACACAGCUAGAAACCAGGACCCUGCAGCUUUCUGUCUGGCACUAUGACAGAUUUGGACGCAACAGCUUUCUUGGAGAAGUGGAAAUUCCAUUCGAUUCCUGGAACUUUGAAAAUCAGGGCGAUGAGUGGUUUGUGCUCCAGCCCAAGGUGGAGGUUGCAACAGAUGUUGGACUUCAGUAUAAAGGAGAACUGACAGUUGUUUUACGUUACAUUCCCCCAGACAGAAACCUAAUGCUUCCUCUAGGGCAGUUUCAAGGAAAGAAGAGCUUUAAAAAAGGAAAAAAGGGAGAGACUCAUCUGCCAUCUGGGGGUAUAUUAGAAGUCCUCAUCAAAGAAGCUAAGAAUUUAACAGCGGUGAAAUCGGGAGGCACAUCAGACACUUUCGUGAAAGGAUACCUGCUCCCAGAUGACAGCAAAGCUACAAAACACAAAACUCCCAUAAUAAAAAAGAAUGUGAACCCCCAGUGGAAUCAUACAUUUGCUUUCAGUGGCUUGAAUUCCCGGGAUAUACAUAAUGUCUGCCUAGAGUUAACUGUGUGGGACAAGGAGUCACUCUCCAGUAAUAUUUUUCUGGGAGGUGUCCGUUUGAGCACUGGAAGUGGUGUAAGUAAUGGCAAGGAGGUUGACUGGAUGGACUCUCAAGGAGAAGAGCAGCACCUCUGGCAAAAGAUGAUUGACAGUCCUGGAGCAUCUGUGGAGGGGAUAUUAAUGUUGAGAUCCAGCAUGGGAAAACGUAGACUCUGAAAGACUCUCAACUACUGAGGGGUACCACAGGUACUCCUGAUUUCAGUGGUGUUCAGCUCCUCACACUUUGCCUAUUGGAAAGUGGUGAAGGGUUGUACUCUUUGCCUUGGAUAUUAAGGCUCCAAGUGAAAUUUUAAUGCAUUCUGCACUUUCAUGCACAUGUUUUUAACCCUGGCUUCUUGGACAGAUUAUGUUUCUCCUGAAGCUCGUGAGUAUUUGACCUUGUACAGAGAUCAGGCUGGCUUUUUCUGUCUCUUCUGGUUACUGGUGUACAGAUGAUGAACACCUCUGCUGGUGGGGGACAUAGAGCUAGCAACUGUCUACGUAGUCAUUUAGUAAGUAAAGUUUGCUUUACAUAUUUCCUCCUGGGUCAAAGAUGGCCUAGAAGACAGUAGUGAUACAGUACAAGCAGAUUCAGAAUGAGUCUGUGCUUUGUUAUUUGCAAAAUGAGAAGCCAUAAUGUUCUGAAGGAUAACAAACAACAUUUUUUUUUCAUGUUUGCUUUUUGGGCUAUGCAGUGUGCAGGAAGGCAGGCUUGGAACCAAGCAGCCCUCUAAGGAAAGCCAAUGCACUCAUCAUUGCACACUAGAAAUAGUCAGCAGAUGAAGGGGUAUAAAGUGCCAAUGUUGCAGCAUUCUCUGGGUUAUUUCAGUGCACUGUAUAUAAGGCAGGUUUGGUUCAAUGUGAUUAAAGAGCCUCUAAUGAAAAUAAAUGAUAACAAAUCCCUAUAAAAUUUCUACAACUAUGUGGUAUUACCAUGUUUUUCAUUCAGUUGACAACUCUAGCCACGAUCUUCCAAUGUCAUUGAACAGAGGGAGUAUGUUCACAUGCCUGUCGCACCUGAAGAGUUGCUGAGAUGAGACACAUACUGGUUUGGGGCAUAAAAAAAUAAAAAGUGGAGUUUUCUCUGAAGGGACUGGGAUCCUGUAGGUUUGGGCCAAUUCAGACAUUAACCUUAUUAACCACAACAAGUGUUCAAGGGUAAUUUUGCUCUUUGGUUUCGUAAAGUGAUCUUUGUAUCUGCUUAGAUCUGUCAUCCUCUGCAGACUUAGUCAGGUCACUUGUGAAGAACAUGCCGUUUUGUAUAGUCAUGGGCUACUGCAGCAUUUAAACAGCAGUAGUACCGUAAUAAGAGAGGAUUAUAAUCUCUUUCAAGGACAGCACAAGUCUGGAUAAAAAUAUAACUGCAUCACACAUAAUUGCUCAGGGUAUGAAACAAAGGAAGACUGGUAAACUGAAUGAAAAGUCCCCUGAAUCUUUCAGAAUUGGAACAUAGCUUCCUAUUUGAAUGGGUAAAUUAAUCUAUAACUACACUUAUCCCUUAUUUUUCUACAAAUGUUUCUCUUUUGGAAGUAAUAUCUUAUUAGUAACACUGAAACAAAUUUGAAUAUUUGUAAACAUAAUCCUUACAUAAAAUACUGAUGAGAAAAAAAAAAACAAGCUUUCAGAGGAUGUUUCAUUCCCUGUACAUCAAAACACCAGGGUUUUAAAGAUUUCUGUGAAGAAUCAAGGCCAUAAAAUCUUACUUGUUUGAGAGAUAGAAAUGCUGUUCUUCACAAUGUAGAAAUCACAGAAAUUCUAGAUGGAACAACAUAUGGAGAAAUGAUAACUAAGUGUAGGUUAAGAUUUUGUCAUCCAUUGCUGUUCUAGUGUAUAGUCAGUAAAUGUGCCUAGAGCUGAAUCCAAAAUGUUAACAUUUAAUAUCCAUUCCUUCCCACUGCUCCCCUCUUUCCCUCCUCUCCCCAAAAUAUACUAUUUUUGGUUUGAGUGGCUUGAAACUGUGGGGAAGUUUGCAAGCAGUCUUUAAAAAUCCCGUUAUUAUUAGAUACAUUUGGUUUAUUUAUUUUUGUUAAAAAUAGAAUCUUAGCUUUAAUAAAAACAGAUUGAUUUAAAAUAUUUUUUUGGUUAAAAUUAUGAUAUGCCAUUGGAGGUAAUGCUUUUGCCCAGUUUGAUACCCCCAGUUUUUAGAAACUGCCAAGUCAUCUUUGGAGUUUCCAUAAAGAAACUCAAGUAGGGAAUCAAAUGUCAAGAGUUGUUCCAGUUGAUUUCAUGUUCCUUCUUCAUCUGUUCUUCAUUUUCAUCUGAAAUCCUGGUCAAAUUGGGCAACGAAGCAAGCUUACUUUAGUUUUAGCCUACUUUUCAUCCUAUGCCACAGAUGCUGUGAGCUGAUGAAGUAGAGCACAAAUAUCAAUCACAUUUUAUGACCUUUACUAUGGUAAAAUAAAGUUUCUUUAAAUAGACUUUUUCUAUCAGCAUCCACAAAGUGAAACCAAACCUAACUUCUGGCACCUAAACUCUGUCUCUGUUUACAGAGUCAGAGCCUGAGUUGUCUUGCUUGUUUGCACUACAAACCAGAAUUUAUUUGGGGAGUAAUAAUAUGUUGAUGUGGAGCCACAUGCUUGAUUUUUCACUUGCCGUAAGUUGGUUGAAAAAGAUAAAGCUUGUUAAAUCUAAAGGAAAUGAUUCUUCAGGGUAAAAUUCCAGCUAGGCUUAUAGAGGAACAGCAGGGAAUCUGAUGAGUUGUUUUUGUUUCAUUUUGAUGUUGAAACUGGGAACGUGGUAACAUAAAAAAUCUUCUGUGUUGGACCCCACAGUGAAAACCAUUCUUCCACCAGAUUGAAAACCUUAAAAUAGUUUGGAACUGAACUAAACCUCUUACUUAAAAUGGUGCAUAAGCAUUUAUCUAAUUUUUGAUGGGCAUUUUCUAAACUUCUAAGCAUUAGUGUUGUAGUUACUUCUAGUCUUGCUUCAAAAGGAAGUAGUCCAUGCUUUACCUUUAGCUUCUGCCCAAUUUACUCCCAUUUUUAGGUCCUGUGUUAGAGUUUAUAAUGAAUGUACUCACCUGGAAGGCAUCACAUGGCUCAUUCAUGGGCUUUUGGAAGAGCCAAAAUUUCUAUUUUGGCCUGCAUCUCAAAGCAUAGACCAGGCUAUGAAUGGUUUCUAGGCAUCACCUGCAGUUCAGCAUAUGAGGGGAACAAUUUCAAGUGGGUAUUUAUUUCAGCCAAGGCAGUGCUGUUUGCGUUGAUAGGAUUUGGAGUAUGUACAGUGAAAUUACCUCUUAGGUUGGCAGUGACAAUUCUACAUUAUGUUAACAUGCAAUGCAUAUCAUGCUCUGCCUCAAAUGAGCCUCAGAGAGAUGACGAUCAUUGGUGUAAACACCAGAGCAGUUUGGAAGGUUUUGCUAUUCUGUGAUGUUAUCGACAGGAAGCAUUUGAUUUGUGGAAAAUGUCACAUUUAAUUAUCUCUCUUAUAUCCUUGUUCUCAUCCUUUGCAAAAAUGAUUUAUGGUUUGGAAAAAGCAUGAGAUGAUUAACUGCAGAUGUGAUUUCUUGUUUCCCAGAUAUUUGAACAAAUUGCCUGUAAUUGUGUGUCAUCGUGUACCAUGUAUUACUAGGCUGCACAAAAAGAUGGAAAGCCAGGAGUCAGACUAAAACCUUCCUUAUGUAUGUAUGUUUGUGAUAUUGAGGAUGCAUGGCUGGUUUAAGGCCAACUUUUAGGAGAAAAUAGCCACAAUUCUAACACUGAUUCAUAAACUCCUGUCCUAAGUAAUUAGACACAGAAGAGCUGAUGCUUCGAAAAUAUUUCUCCACGCAGACUUGAAUAACUUAAGAUGCUUCAAUGGAGAAGAAAUUUUCUCUACACUGUUUUUAAAAAUGUGACACAUGAUGCAUGUUACUAGCAAUGGAACUACAGGGCUUUCAUUGCUGUCUUCUCCCUCCUUGUGAUUAGAUUCUGAGGGUUUGACCCAUUAAAGAAAAACAAAAGUACAACUUUGGCUGUAAAGUGUUAAGUAAAUCUCUUGACAGUGUAGUUGUUGCCAGUAUCCAUCAGGAAGAGCCAAUGCUGAGGGUUGUCCAAGCCCUGUUAUCUAACUUGAGUAUCUCGACCUGUUUUCUGGAAGUUUCCCAAUUCAGCUUAUCAGUUAUACAGGGUCUUUAGGCUUCUAAAUGUUCUUGCUUACAUUUUAGAUGCUACAAUAGGUUAAAAUGGCCUCCUUGUCUCCUCCACCUCCGUCGUAUUACAUUUGAAUGAGGGUGGGAGGAAAGACAGUGAGGCUAUUGCCAUCUUCUUGUGCUGAUCAAAGUGCCAUUGCCUUCUUUAAAUGCCUUUUAGACACCGCAUUUUGAUUUUUCUUUCCCAGCUGGAUGCUUAGCAGAUGGUUUAUGAGAAAAGGCAGUGGGAUGGUGAGUAUGUUUUGACCAUGAUGAUAGAAUCAUUAGGGUUGGAAAAGCCCUCCAAGGUCAUCUGGUCCAACCAUCCCCCUACCACCAAUGUCACCCACUAAAUCAUGUCCCUAAGCACCAUGUCCAGCCUUUCCUUGAACACCCCCAGGAACGGUGAUGCCACCACCUCCCUGGGCAACCCAUCCCAAUGCCUGACUGCUCUUUUUGAGAAGAAAUGUCUCCUCGUUUCCAACCUAAACCUUGUGUGGUACAACUUGAGGCCCUUCCCUCUAGUCUUAUCACUAGUUACCUGUGAGAAGAGGCUCCCCCCAGCUCCCCACACCUUCCCUUCAGGUAUCUGUAGAGAGCAAUAAGGUCUCCCUGAGCCUCCUCUUCUCCAGACUAAACAACCCCAGUGCCCUCAGCUGCUCCUCACAGGACUCAGGUUCCAAGCCCUUCACCAGCUUUGUAGCCCUGCUCUGGGCAUUUUUAAGUAUUGGGUUUUUUAUUAUUUAUUUAUUUAUUUUCCUUGUUAAGCCCUGUCACGUGCAAGUGUCCAAGGCUGUAUUCUGCAAAUAUGAACUAAACUACAACAGCAGAGCAGCCAUUGAGCAUCCACUGGUUCCAAUUGAUAAGGUGAGGUAACAGGAGGGUUGCAUAAAGACUGGCAUUAUUUUGACUUCACAAGAGGUAUGCACAUUGGCCAACUUCAGACAUGUAAAGCCUGUGGUUUGCUUGAGUCGAUGAAGGCUCCUUGGAUCUCUUACACCUUAAAAAAAGCGCUGAGUCCUGUCUCCACAGUUGCCAGUCUGCGGGUUCACAUGAGACAUUAAGGGUUGUACCUUAAUCCUUGCAGGACCUUUUCCUUCCAUCCCUCUCUUCAGUUCAGCAACCCUCAACAAGAAAUUCUCCACAGAUUCUGUCAGUAUGUCAAACUAGGACUCCAUGUCCCACCCAAACAUGGAUCUCCAGUACCCAGUAGUUAAGCGAUAGCUCCGCUUACUUUCACCUGUAUGAGGUAAAAACUGGUAUUAUCCUUCCCUAACACAUGAUGUUGAUUUUUGAUGGACAGAAACAGCCACCUCCAUGUGUACUUUAUAAACACUUUUGGAUACAUUUUUUAAAGAUGAUUUUAAUUUAUUUAUUUUUACACGUGGAAAUGUGACCGCUUGAGAAUCCUAGAGAACUUGCAAUUAAUUGUACGAACAUACAUGCAAUUAAUUCCAAAAUAAGAUGCAGCCUUUUAUUUGCAGAGAUGUCUUUUACCUUAACUCAGCCUGAGAUACUGAGAAGCCUGCUAGCAGAACCUUACCACUGUGUCCCCUGAAUUUCCUGCCAAGUGAUUUCAUGUUUGCAAAUGCCAUUUGGUAAGUGGUAAUAAUUCAGUGUUAAUUAUACUGUGUAUAUUGACACUGGAAAGUGAAUCUCAACUUGCUUUUCAGUGUUCUUUAGGUUGCUUUUGAAACUCACCCCUGCUAUAUAUGGGCCCUUUUUUAGAUUACCUAUUUUGACAGCUCUGCUUUGUGGCAAUAACACGCCUAUGUCUGUGUACUACUGCUCCUGAGAGUUGGGUGUGUAUUUUUGAGGGUAGCUCUAAUUGUCAGGGUUUGCUUAAAGCCAACUGUAGUCAUUUGUUGCAGCAAAUAGAGAAUAUCAUGCAUCCCUCGUGCAGCCUUUGUUCUGCUUAAAAUCUGUUGCUAGCUAUUUGUUUAGUUAUUCUGCUGGACUUGAACAGAAGUAGCAGUAAAUGGCAUCGCAGUAUGUUAAGUUCUGCCCAAAUCUAGACAAAACAGAAUGUUUCCUGCCCAGAACAUUUUUGUACUGUGCACUGUAUGUUCAGUUUUGUGGACAAAGAUGGCUGGUAAUACAUUUGCAGCUGUUGUCAAGAUUAUUGUUCUAUCUUUUAAAAUUAAAAUAAUGAAAC